CCAAAGACAGAAAUGGGAAAAAGGAAAAUGAGUAAGCACUAGUUAUUGUAGUAGUAGCAGUCGUGGACUACAUCGUUACCUUGUCUUUCAUUAAGGCCAAGAAGCUAGCUACGAUUAACGGAUUAAGGCAGGUUCUCAAGCGUAGGUUGUGUGUGGUCCUCUUUUCUUAUCUCUUCUCAUGCUUCUCUACAAAUGCAAUGUAUUAUCUUCAUCAACAACCUCCUGAUCCCCCACAGGCGAGUCAUGUCGGACCAAGUAAACGGGUUGCCUCAGGACUCCAUGUGGCCGGAGCUGAAGCUGCCGGAGUUGUUGCAGAACGACGCCGUUCGACAAGUGCAUGCUACAAUUGAGAAGGAAUGGGAUUUCCUUCAGAGGUCAGCCUGUCAAACAGCGGCCGGAAGGGCUCUGUGGAAGCACGUCGUCCAUGAUCCUCUGGCUGAGUUACUUGCAGGGGAGACUUAUUUGAGAAACCUUCAUGACAAGAUCAAGAAAGAUCAUCUCAAUAAUGCCCGUGAGAUUUCUGGGGUCAUUCUUGCUGUUCGAACACUUUGGUUUGAUUCCAGACUCGAGCUUGCUCUUAAGUCCCCCAAUGGCAGAGAAGCCCAGGUUGUUCUCCUUGGUGCAGGAAUGGACACGAGGGCCUACCGCCUGAGUUGCUUAAAAGACAGUGAUGUGUUUGAAGUUGAUUUUCCUGAAGUCUUACAGUUGAAAGCUACCAUUUUGCGAGCGGCAGAGGAAUCAGCGAAGGACGACGACCAGCAGCAGAUUAUAUGCAGAGCAAAAUCCUUAACGAGAGUAGCAGCCGACAUCAGAGAAGAUGACUGGGUGGAAAAACUUAAAAUCUCAGGUUUCAUACCGGAGAAGAGAACGGUGUGGAUUCUGGAAGGUAUCCUCUACUACCUAACUCAACUCCGCGCCAUGCAAGUGCUAAGGAUCAUAGCUGAAAAAUGCGCGCUAACCCACACAGUGCUAUUGGCAGACUUCAUGAACAAACCAUCAACUAUGCUGUCCAGUUCCACUUUCCAUUUUUACAGCGAUUGGCCUGACCAUCUCCUGCCGUCCAUUGGCUUCGCUCACGUAAAGCUUUCACAAAUAGGCGACCCGGACGCCCAUUUUGGACUAUUGAAUGAUCCACUAAAUCUCUUCAACAAGCUUCUUAGUGUGCCUAGGUCAGUACAAACUCAUCCGGAUGACGGAAGGCCAUGCUGUCGCUUGUAUUUGGUGGAAGCUUCUGGUUCACCAGAUCAAUCAAAUGAAGGGACUUUGACUCAGUCCUGAUAUGAAGAUCUUUGUCGUCAAUUAAGAUCAAAUUUACAGUCUAGAUACAGGGCCCAUUGUUAGCAGCUCGCUAGUGCAGUACCAGGUCAGUGCACAUCACGCUCUGAAUUCUGAUGGCAUAUUCGUGUGCCAUGUAAUGUCGUAUAUUUAUUACUGCGGCACCGCCGUUCCGUCUAUUAUUCCUUUUCAGAUGCGAAAAUAUAGCUCUCGGAAGCCUCUGACCUGAAGAUAUGAAUAUGAUUUUUAGAUUGUUUUUCCACAGAACAAUAUAACUUGCUUUUGCCUUGCUUAUUUUUAUUUUUAAUCUUUUGUUGUUUUUGGUAAAGGUAGCCUUCAUUCA